AUGCGUUCUGUCUUUAGAAAUAGAACCCUCCUUCUCCUUAAACCCCAUCAACGAAACCAUCUCUCUCUACUAAACCCUUCAGUAAUCAUCCACAGAACAUCAACCUCCUCUACCAUACUUGAAUCUGAAUCCCAAAAUUAUGACCAAAACAAAAAACCCCUUCGCCUCUUAUUCCAAGAAGCUGUAGGAUUAUCUGAAAUAACAGAAACAACAAACAUCGAAACCCAUAAAGAAACCAAUGAGUUUAAGCAAAAAUUAUUUGAGUUAGAGAGAGAAGUGAGGGUUUUAAAAGAAUCAGAGUCAAAGAAGGGUAAAGAAGAGACUUUAAAAAAUGUGAAGAGAAGAACAAAAGAAGAGACAUCGAGUAAGAGUUUGUACUCUGUUUUUUCGGCGAAGAGUGAAAAUAAAGUGGAAAUGAAGGGAAAGGAGGAAAGGCCUAUGGCUUUUAAGGAGGAAAGGAAGAGGAAAGUGGAGAGGGAGGAUAGGCCUAAGGUGUUUAAGGAGUUGUCUCCUGAUAUGGAAAUGUUUAUUACUCAUUUGUAUAAAGAAGGGUACUUCACAAAUGCCAAUUUUCUGAAAGAGGGUAGCUUGGAUUUUAGCUGCUUUAAUGAUAGUUAUGGCAGGGAUUUUAUCAAGUAUGCUGCAGAGAAGUUUGGUAAAGAUCACCAAGAAAUUGCAAAGUGGCUGUCGGGCAGUGACUUGAAAAAGGUGGCUCUUUUUGGUUGCCCUACCCUUAUGAGAAAGUGUGUUUUUUCUGCCAAAAGGUUGCGCAAUUUUUUUGAGAUUCAAGAGGACACUGUAUGUAACAAGUGCGUCUUAAAACGUUCUUGCAAUUUUGUGAAUCAGAGUGUUUGGAAAGGUGAUUUCAAGACUUUGAAUUUAGCUGUUGUAAUGAGGGUCAUCACUUUAUAUGCGUUGGAGGCAGUCCACCCAGAAUUGUUGGUGCCAAAUGAGAUUAUGGUUUCUGUCAAUCGAUUGUUGGCAGAAAUAUUGAAGUUGAGUAAAACUGUUCAUCAAGCGGUUUAG